CUGGGUUCAUGCUCACCAGUCAACACGGGACAGUAGAGCUCUGCAACUGGAUCAUGAUGGUAAGAAGAAACCACAUUUAUCUUUAUACAGGAUCAGUGAGUUUAAUUUAUAUUCCUGAAAAUGAGAGAAAAGGAAAAAGAAUGUGUUCUUUAUUUUUGUUUUCUAACAGUUUGAAUGUGUUAGACCUUGAGUUAAUUGGGGAAUGCAUUUAACAAAGACAAUAGUGGAGUUGCACUAGUUUGGAAAAAAGGCAUCUGAAACCAUUCAACCAUGCAGAUUACCCAACGAGUUUAACAUCGUAAUUAGAGUAGAAAAGCUACAGUGAAGCAGGUGGGUUUGAUUGAGAGCAAACGUCUGUCCAAUGUGGGAUGUGAAAGAAAAAAAAAGGGUCUUGUUUCAUAGUGAAAGCAACUAAACAAUGGGUAAAAAACAACAACAAAUUCCUUGCUUGAGGUUCUCCUUAUAUGAGAGUUGCAUAUUUCCUUUAAGGCUUCCUGUACAACAUGCUUGAUGAAUGCGGAUACCUCGUCAAUUACUGUAACAAAAGGCCAUUUGAGGCUCGCUCUUUUGUUAUAGGUUACAUCAUCCUGGAUUUUUUUUUUUAUAACAAAGCACAAGGAAAAAAAAAACCCGAUGACACAGUUUUAAUUCCUGCCACCUAAAAACGUAAUCGAAGUAAAAACAAGGUCAUUUGUGACAAUUUAACUUCGCUGUAAUGCUGCUAGUUUUAUUUUUUCAUUGCGUUGAUUGUCACAGGUGAGGCUGGACAAGUACAACUUUUUAUCCUUUGACUAAUUUUUGAUGAACUCAAGGUGUCCUGCUCAAAGCACCACAAAACAAGAACUACAGGUGGAAUUGGCUAAUCUCUUCAGCAUUUACACUUUUAGUUUUAAACGACAUACAUUUUAAAAUUCAUCAGUCAGAAACAUCUAACUUGGUGUCUUACUAAGUCUUAUUGCUGUCUUCAACACACAUUCAUUUGGUAGUUAUAAAUCUGAGCAAAAAAAAAAAAAAAGAUCCUAUGUGGGGUUCCUCAAGGGUGUGUUCUCAGUCCACUGAGAUAUUUUCAAACAGUUGUUUUCCUAUCAAAACAGUUGAAGGAAAGCCAGUUCAAGCUUUCAUUUAAGACUGGUUGGAUUGUUGUGAUGGUAGUUUUAGGCCGUCUUUGAGUCAGAUCCAAUUCAUCCUAAAUGAAGCUGCCAGGAUUCUGUCUAGCAGCAGGAAAUUGGACCAUAAGACCAAUUUUUAAUUUACUGCUUCGGCUCACUGUUUGUAAGGUCUCGUAAAAUUUUAGAGUUGUAUUAAUAAUUAGUUUUAAAACUCUCUCGUCAGGUAUAAACUGUGUGGACAUCUGGCACCAUCAUAGAUCAGAGUCAACUUCCUGAAAACCUGAGAUGUGCAGAAACUGUAAAGUGUUGUUGACAUGUUUAGAGCAAAGAAUUCCAGAGAUUGCUGAGGCUACAGACGAAACAACUGGACCUGCAGUCCCACCUGCACUCCCUCCUCGAAUCUAUCGCAGGAACUCCUCUGCCGUCCCUCACUCACAGCCAGUAAAACCCCCAAGGAAAAGCAAGACACAAGAGCCUCCGAGCGACUUGGAUGUAGGAUCUGAAAAUAUCUACGAAGACCCGGAUGCAUUACUGACUUCUAACCCAGAUGUGAGUCAGCCAGAGGCUAAACCCAGGCCCAUACCUCACCCAAGAAGCAAACACAAACUAAAUGCCCAACAUGACACCAACAACACAACCACAGCAAACUACAUCCACACGAUCAACUCAGGACACAACGAUAACGCCGCCAACAUAGCUUAUGUGACAAAAACAGCUUUCGAUGCCAACACAACACAGAAUACCAACAGCUCAACCUUCAACACUAAAACAAUCUACGAGACUGGAACGACCACCAACGCUAAUGCGGCUUCCAAAUCCCACAACUCCAGAAGACCCAGUUCAACCGUCUCUAGCACAGUCGACUCAACCUACAACACAGUCAGAUCCAACAAGACCCACAAUUCCAACCCGGCUAAGUCUUCAGACAGAACAGGCAACACAAAGAACGAUCCAAGUUACGAAAGAAGGAAGAACGCCGAUGAGAACUUGAUACCUCGCUCUACUCACCAGCCUCCCCUUCCCACGCCUAAGACCAAAGAUGUAAAAUCAACAGCAGCAGAAAGUCCAGAGAUUUAUCAUAUGGGAACUAAUUCAAGUACAAGUGCGAAGGCCAGAGAUGUGAAAAGCAGACAUAGAGCUUCAAAUUCAUCUCGACCUCUUAUGCAUCACAGCAGCUCAAUGUUGGACCUGUUGAGUGUUGAGAGUCACCAAAACGGAAAGAACUCAAACCACUACAUGACACCUCAGUCUGCUCGCCGAGCUCUUCUUCCACCGUUACCUCCCGAGUCCAAAGGUCCGAACUCAACAGCACCAGAUGCUUCACAGGAUUAUACCCCAGGAACAAACUCAAAUGCAAGUGUUAAGAAUCCGCCUCCUCUGCCUCCUCCUCGCGUGGAAACUAUCUACCCUCUAUAUUGCGACAAAAGAAAUCCUACUUCACAGCAUAGAGACAACAGAAACAGACAUGGGCCUCGAUCGCCUCUCUACCACAGCGCCUCAAUGUUGGACCUGUCAGGCGAAACGAGCAGUGAAACAUCGUCUUUGUACGACCCUGAAAUGGAACUUUACUACGCUUCACGAUCAUCUCUAUACACUGACAACGUGAACCCUCCGUACAUAACAGCUUUACCAAAUGAUUAUUACAACGGGCCAUGGACACGAGCACGACGUUAUGAAGACGAUAACCAGAGCACCUACAGCGACAUAUAUCAACUCUCUCAGGAUGAUAUCACUGAGCUGCUGCAGUGGUUUAAGAGAGUAUCUAGACAAUCUGACACCAUGUCGCUGUAUGGCCUCAGUAUGGCGGAUGAAAUGAGAUCCUUCCAUCAGCAGGCCAAGCAUGUGAGAAAAGCCCGACGCCUCUACAACCUUCUCAUGAAGAAACGCAAGGAACCCCUACAGAAGGUCCUCGACGAGUUCAAGGCCAUCUGUGAAAAACUGGAAAAAGUGCAGAAAGCAAAUAAAACCAUGGGAAUAGCCGGUGGUACAACAAGUGCAGUAGGGGGCGUGGCCGCAGUGGUGGGCAUCGCCUUGGCCCCUCUUACCAUGGGAACCUCACUGAUCGCGACAGCUGUUGGGGCUGGCAUUGUCGCGACAUCGGCCGGAGGUUUCGGCGCGACAGUCGCCAAGGCCAACAAGAAGAUUGUGAACAGGGAGACAGUCGAGAAGCUUGUAAAUGCCUACAAGUCAGAUGUUGCCGACCUGGAGCGUUGUCUGAAUUACAUCCUCUGUCUGAUGAAGGAGCUGCAAAGACACAACACUGGCAAGCUAAGCAGGGCGGGAGCACACCCGGACGCGCUCAGGAUGGCGGAUCUGUCGCAGGUUGUGUCCAACAAACUUUACAAUAUCAGGCAGAUGUCUCCUAACAACCCUGGAGGGCUGACGUCUGAGAGUAUGCUUAAGCAAUUUGAAUCGGAGUUUGAUGAGUAUUUCACGGAGAAGAAAGGCCAGAAGCUGAACAAGUCGAAUAAGAGCAAGUUUUUAACCAGAGUUGGCACUCUGGUUAAAAACCUGCAAGAGGAACUCAAUUAUCUGGAUCAAAUGUGGGACGUGUUAACUUAAAAACAGACCACUGUGUGUGUGUGGGAUACAUAUUGUAAAUAUUGUAAUUUAUUAUUAACUAUUGGCCAAUAAAUUCUUGUAUUUACUUCACACACAGCAGCAUUUGUUUAUUUUAUUUUUUUUGCUGUAUUACAGAAAUAAUUUGCUCUGUAAAGUUUGCAUUAUUACAAAAUCAAAGACUAGUUAAUAGAUACAACUCCAAUAUGCUAAACUUGUAUAUUACUAACUUAUAUUUUAUAUUUUAGUCUCAUUCUUUCAGCACAAAUGAUGUGUUUAGUCAUGACUGAACUGGUUCUAUGCACUUUCCUAAAAAAACAAAGUUUGGAGUUACUUUUUCUUCCCCUAAUCAGGUAGUUUAUGUAGACACUACAGGAUGUUAGCCCCAGAGCGCAACAAAAACUAAAAUUACAUUGAAAAUAAGCCAAGAUCAACCUGUUAUAUCACACAGGAAAGUGCAAAGAAAAUAAUAAUUUGGACUGAGGUAUCAUAAUAAAAAGCAUGAGGUUGUGCAGUCACUAUUAAUUAAUCAAGUUUUAUGGCUUCACAUUUUUUAAAUAGCGGUUUGAGGUCAAAAUCCAAUGAAGUAUUCAAAUAUAAUAUGACUGUUUUGGUAUGUGUGCAUAAACACUUUUUGCUAAAUCCAACUAUUUCCAAUUGUUAAAGAUAACGUAACACGUCAACCUUCCUUCAAACUGUGUAUUCUGUUUUGAAAUACGUAAAUCCAUAAAUCGCUGUAAACACAUCCUGUAAGUUAUA